AUAACCCAAAGUCAAUCAGUUUAUUGGUUUUAUUUUCAAUCAGACAUAAAAUGCGAAAUAGCUUAAGCCAUUGCGCUGCCAAAUAAGGUUGGGGCAGCCAGCAACAAAAGCCCGGCGAGUGACAAAGCCAGGAAGAGAGGGACGUGGUCCGAAAUCUGCCUGGCGUGACGUCACAACAUUUCCUCAAUGCCAGCGAUAGCGGCGGUGGCAGGUCAGUGACGGAGGCAGCCGCCGUCUCUUCUCCCCAUCUUCCUCGUCGUUAGCCGCAUUUCCAGGGUCAACCGAAUUCGCCGGCAGUGUCGGCAGCAAUGGCAACGUCGCUGUCCUCCUCAUCGCUCGGCCCGUGACGGGGCUUCCCAAAAUCUCUCCUGCCUCCCAUCUGAGCUGGUGGUGGUGGGAGAAACCAGCAUAGGCUACAAGGAUCCAGAGAGGGGAGACACCCAGCGAAUCCCCCUAGCCCGUUUCCCCGACAGGCUGAGUCACCACUGGAGUGUGACAGGGGGUAGAGGGAGGGAGGAAGAAAGAGAGACAGGGAGAGAGAGAGAGAGAGAGAGAGACAGAGAGCUAGUGAGAGGUUAAGUGAUAAGUGAUCUCAAAGCAGGGGUGAGAGAGGAAGUGAAGGAGUGGUACAGAGAAGGAGGAGGAAAAACGAGUAGGAGAGACCAGCCACGUUGAUGCAGGUAGCAAACAGAACAGCAGCAGCAGCAGCAGCAGCAAGAACAAGCCAGAUACAGACAGGUGGGUUGUAGGCUAGACAGUGUGUGUGUGUGUGUGUGUGUGUGUGUGUGUGUGUGUGUGUGUGUGUGUCUGUGUGUGCUGUUUCGAAACUAAGUAGAAGGAACAAGAGGGAGAGGAGAGGGACCGGAUCAGAGAGGGUUAGAGUGGGCAGUGUGGACACUGCUGGCAAGGGACCACCGGGUUCAGAGCCGACCCGCAAGCCGUCAUGAAUGACCCGAACGUCGUGGUGAAGGAGGGCUGGGUCCAGAAGAGAGGAGAAUACAUUAAGAAUUGGCGACCGCGAUACUUCCUGCUCAAGACGGAUGGCUCCUUCAUUGGCUACAAGGAGAAGCCACAGGACAUGGACCUGGCGUACCCGCUCAACAACUUCUCUGUGGCCAAGUGUCAGCUGAUGAAGACAGAGAGGCCCAAGCCCAACACCUUCAUCAUACGCUGUCUGCAAUGGACCACUGUCAUCGAGAGGACCUUCCAUGUCGACACACCGGACGAAAGGUAUGGCUGGCUCUCCCCUGCGGAGACAAAUAGAGAAGCAUAUGGCUGGCUUUCUCUCCAGUCACCUAAUGGGGUCAUUUGUCGAUGCACUGCACAGAUCCAACCUGAAGUUAUGGAAAAGGAGCCGGUCAUAAGUCAUCACAAACGGAAGACAAUGAACGACUUUGACUAUCUAAAGCUGCUGGGCAAGGGCACGUUCGGGAAGGUGAUCCUGGUGCGGGAGAAGGCCAGUGGAACCUAUUAUGCAAUGAAGAUCCUGAAAAAGGAAGUCAUCAUUGCAAAGGAUGAGGUGGCCCACACACUCACAGAAAGCAGAGUACUGAAAAACACUAGGCAUCCAUUUUUAACUUCCCUCAAGUGGUCUUUCCAGACAAAGGACCGCCUCUGUUUUGUGAUGGAGUAUGUUAAUGGUGGUGAGCUUUUUUUUCAUUUGUCAAGAGAACGGGUGUUCUCUGAAGACCGCACACGCUUCUACGGGGCGGAGAUCGUCUCUGCUCUGGACUACUUGCAUUCUGCCAAGAUUGUUUACCGUGAUCUCAAGCUGGAAAACCUGAUGCUGGACAAAGACGGGCACAUCAAGAUCACCGACUUCGGCCUCUGCAAGGAGGGCAUCACUGACACGGCAACCAUGAAAACCUUCUGUGGCACCCCCGAGUACCUGGCCCCCGAGGUGCUGGAGGAUAACGAUUACGGCCGCGCGGUGGACUGGUGGGGUCUGGGCGUGGUCAUGUAUGAGAUGAUGUGUGGACGCCUGCCCUUCUACAACCAGGACCACGAGAAGCUGUUCGAGCUCAUCCUCAUGGAGGAGAUCAAGUUUCCCAGAACUCUCUCUUCUGACGCCAAGUCACUGCUAGGCGGACUGCUCAUCAAGGAUCCAAACAAGAGACUUGGUGGAGGCCCUGACGAUGCCAAGGAGAUCAUGCGACAUAGCUUCUUCAGUACACUGGACUGGCAAGAUGUCUACGACAAAAAGUUGGGCCCACCCUUCAUGCCCCAGGUGACCUCAGAAACAGACACUCGGUAUUUCGACGAGGAGUUCACAGCACAGACCAUAACUAUCACCCCUCCAGAAAAGUUUGAUGAAGACGGAAUGGACGCAGCUGAUAACGAACGAAGACCACAUUUCCCACAGUUCUCUUACUCGGCUAGCGGACGCGAGUGAUUUGAGCCGCUUAUUCGGCUAGCAGACCCGAGUGAUUGAGCCGGCCCCUACUUACAGGAAAAUACGUAGCCAUGCUAGGAAAAGUCUCCCCUCUUUUCUCCUUCUCUGUGCUUGCUUAUCGACCAGGGAAUUUUAUUUUUUAUUAUUAUUAUUUUAUUUUUUAUUUUGUGUGUGUAUAUAUAUUUUUUGGUUCAUUUAGUGGGACUUAAAAAAGGGGGUUUUGCACAGUGGGAUUGACUAAGGACGGUCCACCCACACAAAGAAAAGACAAGAAAAAUGAAGAAAAAAAAUAGAAUUCUUGUGACAUUUUUCAGCAUUUGUUUACAACAAGUUUUUUUGUUGUUAUUUAAAAUAUCUAUCAGUAUUGAAAUUGAUAUUGAGCUAUUUGUUUUUAUUAUUUUUUUGUUUUCUCGUUUUCUUUUCCCUUGUUUGAAAAAGAGCCGUAUUGGGGAACAAGACCAAAUAUGUUGCCUUAUGUGUGUGGUCAGUCGGUCAGACAGACAGACAGGCAGGCAGGACAGAUCCAAGCAUCUGGGGACAGUUUUGUGUAGCUGUAGUUUGUGAUGACUUCUUUUUCAUAGUUUCUUUUCCCCCUACUUCAUUUUUGAUCAGGGUGUGAGGCUUUAUGCCAUGGGAGCACACAGGCCCCUGUUGUCACGGCUACAAGGAACAUUCUCCAUAAAAUGGAAAAAAAAAACACACACACAGGCGCUAGUGAGGAGGAGGAAGUAAGAUAAUAAUAAUAAUAAUAAUAAUAAUAACAACAACAACAACAACAACAAGUAAAAUACAAAAUACAAGCGCUACAGCAUUUAAAUAUACAUUCAAUAUAAUUUCAUAUUUCUUUUUUUUUCUCUUUGUUCUCUGGAGAGUAUAUAGAGCCUAAAACAGAGGUUUUAUGUUACCGGAAUAACACUAACAGACAUAUACAAACAAACAAACAAACCAGACUGCCAGGCACUGACUGACAGCACUCAAGCCAAACACACCUCAGAACCCUGCACCGGACAGAGAGUCAUUGUACAUCUCUACUACAGGUAAACGUCUCUCGUUAUCUCUCCCCCCUCUUUCUCUCUUGUUUUGCUCCACAUGACAAGGAGACUCACUCAGCAUCACUACUACACUUUGAUACACUAAUGAAAGGAAAAGAAAGUCUUAGCCUUUUGAAAAGAUACACUACAAGAGACAAAUGCAGAUUUUGAAAGACUAUUGAGGUUGUGUUUUUUUUUUUUUUUUUUUAA